AUUUCCGUUGAGAACUGGGAGCUGUGUUUAUGUUUUUUGACUUUUAACUGCUGGAAUUUAUCAAAGAAAAAUGGAAGUAUCUAUUGAAAUUCAACUGCAAUACAAAGAUAAAUCUUUUAAAACGCAGGUUCUACUGGAGCGAUAUAUCCAGCUGGUAGAAGACGAUGCUACCUUAUCCCAAUUUGUGGAAGAGUUAUAUCACGAAAACUUUCCGAACAUGGGGCUGUUGGAGGCAAAAACGAAAUUCAUUUGGGACAAAAACUCCAUAAAGUUCAUGUUGAGGAUGAGAUUGAUUUCUCACCAUCAUCAAUCAUGGAUUUCACAACUGGCAGAAUGGAUGAACUGGAAGAAAAUUUACGUUGAAUACUAUCUACCGGAAUAACAGCUACAAGUACAUGUUUGUAGAAGAUAAUAAAAAGAAAAU